AUGAACGGCAAAGGCGAAGAAGCGAAAGGGAAAGGCGGGCAAAUGAACGGCAAAGUCGCCGAAAGGAACGGAAAAGGCUCCGAAAGGGACCCUGGCGGUGAUGAAAGUAACGCUAGAGGUGAGGAAAGGAAGGGGAAAAGUGCCGAAAGUAACGCCAGGAGUGCCGAAAGGAGCGCGAAAGGUGCGGAAAUUAACGGGAAAGGCGCAUGUAGGAGCGUGAAAAUCAUGGAAAGUAACGGGAAAGGCGUGGAAAGGACCCUGGUGGUGGGGCAAGCAACGCUAGAGGUGCGGAAAAGAAAAGGAAAAAUGAGGAAACGAAUGGGAAAGGUGAGGAAAUGA